CGGGGGCGAAAAUUGUACCGGCCUACGUCAUCGUUUGUUUACAUCCUGACAACCUGCCCGGCAACAGACGACGCGAUGCAGAAAACAUGUUUCCAAACGACGAAAUAACAUAAUACAGAUAGCGGAUCGCUAUCUGUAUUAUGAUAGAUAGCGAUAACACUUGUUUUUACUUUAUAUUUGUAUUGUAUUUAAUUGUUUAAUCGAAACAGUAAAAAAAAUUGCCCGCGAAACGGGCGAUCGCGUCAAAUGACAAAUGUUUUGCCCGCGAAACGGGCGAUCGCGUCAAAUGACGUAGGAGGGUUCUUGAAACAUAAUACAGAUAACGGAUCGCUAGAAAACACUUGUUUUUACUUUAUAUUUGUAUUGUAUUGAAUUGUUUAAUCGAAUUUAGCUAGUAAACUGAGUGUUUUAAGCAGGUUUCAUAGUCUAGAAUGCUCAAGAACCUUCCUACGUGAUUUGACGCGUCAUUUGACGCGAUCGCCCGUUUCGCGGGCAAUUUUCUUUAUUGUUUCGAUUAAACAAUUAAAUACAAUACAAAUAUAAAGUAAAAACAAGUGUUAUCGCUAUCUAUCAUAAUUCAGAUAGCGAUCCGCUAUCUGUAUUAUGUUAUUUCGUCGUUUGGAAACAUGUUUUCUGCAUCGCGUCGUCUGUUGCAGGGCAGGUUGUCAGGUUGUCAGGAUGUAAACAAACGAUGACGUAGGCCGGUACAAUUUCCGCCCCCGGUACAAUUUUAACGUGACAGAGGCAUGCCCGCCGUAGGUUGGUAAUACACAUUGCAUCUAUGCAAGAAAACAACCUUGAUCAACUGAGAAUGUACUUGAUUCUGCCUUCUCAGCAGGAGCCAUCCAUCUUGACCAUCCAAAGGGCGACAAGGAAAAUGCAUAAUCAACAAAUAGAAAAGAAAAUGACAUCAGAGACUGCAGCACGCAGCGCAGCGCCACCUCGGAGAGUCUGCGUGUGGACGCCCCUGGCUCCAUGCACAGCGGGGAGCUGCGCAUCCUGAGCUUCUACGGACAAGGGGAGGGCCCUCUGGCGGUUGACGGCCAUGACACCCUCUUUGCCGCGUCAGAUGCGGAGGCCUUGAGCUCGCUGUCAGCUGACCACAGCGUGGCCAAGAGCCUGAACUGCAGUGUGCGGCUCUUCCGCCUUGAGGAGCUGACUGGGCAUCAGGGCUGCAGCAAGGGCCGGCCCGGUGUCUUGUGUGGAAAGGUUAUUCCCUACAAUGCCAAUAUGAUCGUCCACAUGAGGACUCCCUCCGGCGAGAAGCCCUACAGGUGUGACCAAUGCCCGAAGCGCUUCAGUCAGAAUAACAUCCUGAAGAACCACAUGAGGACUCACUCCGGGGAGAAGCCCUACCAGUGUGACCAAUGCACGAAGUGCUUCAGUCUGAAAGGCAACCUGAAGAUCCACAUGAGGACUCAUUCCGGCGAGAAGCCCUACAAGUGUGACCAAUGCACGAUGCGCUUUAGUCAGAAUAACAUCCUCAAGGACCACAUGACGACUCACUCCGGGGAGAAGCCCUACAAGUGUGACCAAUGCACAAAGUGCUUCAGUCUGAAAGGCAACCUGAAGAUCCACAUGAGGACUCAUUCCGGCGAGAAGCCCUACAAGUGUGACCAAUGCACGAUGCGCUUCAGUCAGAAUAACAUCCUCAAGAACCACAUGACGACUCACUCUGGGGAGAAGCCCUGCGUGUGUCUGCACUGCAACGCCAGCUACAGCGACCCAAGCAAUUUUCGUUUGCACAUGCUCAAGCACACUUUGGCACGGGGUAACGGGACGCUUUGAUUGAGACCUCUGUCCUGUAUUGGUUGAAAUUACUGGUUUUAGUUUUUCUCUUCAUCACGAUUA